CAGUUUACUCAAAGUGACAGGUUGACCUGUAAAAUCGGAAAUUCAUAUAACAAAACUGAACCGGUUUUCCUGACGCAUCACCGCUGGUAAUCUCCGUCGUAGAAACCACCGUUUAACCAAUUCACAUUUCCGUCUAACCGCUUUUCUCCUCCGCCGGAGCUCCCAAGUUGAUCUACAAAUCGAGGAUUUAUUCCAUCUAUAAUGGCUUCAGAAUCUGAGUCAUCAUCUCAACCUCCGACUGAAGUCGGUGACGUUAAAACUUCUACAUCCAUGGUCUCUGACCAAACCAACAGUCAUGCAGUUGAUUCAUCUUCCGUAGAAUCUACACCUAUUGUAUCAUCUUCCGAUGAAGUACCAAAUUUCCCCAAACCUACAAUGCCAGAACAGAACAAUUCACAGGCUGGAUAUACCGGAAAAUGGGCCAUUGCAAGAAUUGCUAGUGGAUUCGGUUUGCAUUUGGCUCAAAAAACCCCUGUAGGAAAUGAGAAUGCUAGCAGCGUGUCUCCUAGCUCUCCGUCAACUGUUCUUCACUCGGUUGGAAAAGGUUUAGUUGACACGUCUAUGGGUGCAGUCAAAGCAGUGCAAGUUAGGGCUCGCCAUAUGGUCUCCCAAAAUAAACGUAGAUAUCAGGAAGGAGGGUUUGACUUGGAUUUGACUUAUAUCACUGAUAAUAUUAUUGCUAUGGGAUUUCCCGCUGGUGAUCUAAGCUCCGGGAUUUUUGGAUAUUUUGAGGGAUUCUACCGGAAUCAUAUGGAAGAGGUGAUCAAGUUUUUUGAAACUCAUCAUAAGGAUAGAUACAAAGUGUAUAAUCUUUGUUCAGAAAGACUGUAUGAUGCUUCACUCUUUGCAGGAAAGGUUGCUUGUUUCCCGUUUAACGAUCAUAAUUGUCCACCGAUUAACCUAAUACCGUCAUUCUGUCAAAGUGCUUAUUCAUGGUUAAAGAGUGAUAUUCUUAACGUGGUGGUUGUUCAUUGUAAAGCUGGUAAAGCAAGGACUGGCUUAAUGAUUUGUAGCCUUCUUUUAUUUUUAAAAUUUUUCCCGACAGCACAUGAGUGCAUCGAUUACUAUAACCAAAGAAGAUGUGUAGAUGGGAAGGGAUUGAUACUUCCAAGCCAAAUUCGGUAUGUGAAAUACUUUGAACGCAUCUUGGCGGAUUUCAACGGUGAAAGUCCACCUGGUCGGAGGUGCAUGCUGAGGGGAUUCCGGCUUCACGAGUGCCCUUAUUGGGUCAGACCUUCAAUUACCAUAUCCGAUCAUAACGGAGUUCUAUUUACAACGAAAAGGCAUCCAAAAACGAAGAAUCUUAUGCCCGAAGAUUUUUGGAUUCGCGCCCCGACAAAAGGGAUUGUGGUAUUUGCUCUACCUGGGGAGCGCGGUCUAACAGAGUUAACGGGCGACUUCAAGAUCCAAUUUCAUGAUCGCCAAGGAGAUUUUUACUGUUGGCUAAACACAACAAUGAUGGAAAACAGGGUAAUUUUGAAUGGUUCCGAUUUUGACGACUUUGACAAGAGAAGACUGCCGGUUCCCGGAUUCAAAGUUGAGAUAGUGAUGAUAGAUUAUGACGGUACAGUUCCCGAGAAGUACAAAGCUAAUGAAAAAUCUAACUUAAGCUCCGCUGAUUGUUCACCGUCAUACAAAGAUUCAACCAACUCCAGUCGAAACAAAGCUUCUAACGACCAAGAAAACGACGACGUGUUCUCCGACAGUGACGAUGAGGACAAACCCGUGUCUGCAAAACGGAGCUCAAUCUCUGGACCACCGCAACAACAGUCUGGGAAGAUAGAUGCAGAUGUAAUAACUUUAAGGAAAAACAUCCAACAACUUUCCUUAAACAGCAAGCAACAGUCCACAUCAGAUAACAAACAGUUUGAGAAACCGAAAUCAAUCCCUAAUUUGGAUUCUGGUGAUAUUAAGGCCAUUGCUGCUGAUGCUUCUGUUUUCUCCUUCGGAGACGAUGAAGAAGACGAAGACUUCUAAUUUCUCUUGUUUGUUUUUAAACUCAUUUCAAUUUUGUCUUUAGUACUAAUAACUAAAUGUUGAUUCUAUUUGAUGAUGAAACACUAUGAAUGUUGUUAAACUUUUGCUUUUGACAUCUAAUAAUUUUUUUGUCUUUUA